CUCAUAUUUUGGACUCACUCGAACGAGAGAAUUUGAUCUUAUUUCGAGUGGACUAAAACGUAAGUCUUAUCUUCAAUAAUUAUUUGCAUCGUCUCUAGUACGUUUGCUCAGAUUACUAAAUUUCAAAUUUCAGAUCUCUCACUUUCUGUAAAAUGGGUAUUUCUUUCUCGAUACCCUUUGAUCCGUGUGUAAAUAAAGUCUCUCAAUGGCUAGACAUGAAAGGAAGUUAUACUCACAAUCUCGAGAAGAAUCUUGUGGCUCUCGAGACAACCAUGGAAGAGCUCAAGGCCAAGCGGGAUGAUUUAUUAAGAAGGCUCAAAAGAGAGGAGGAUAGAGGUCUACAAAGGCUUUCCGAAUUCCAGGUAUGGCUUAAUAGAGUUGCAACUGUCGAAGACAUAAUUAUUACUCUUCUUAGAGAUAGAGAUGUUGAAAUUCAAAGGCUGUGUCUUUGCCGGUUUUGCUCUAAGAAUUUAACGACGAGCUAUCGUUAUGGGAAAAGUGUUUUCUUGAGGUUGAGGGAGGUUGAGAAACUCAAAGGUGAAGUUUUUGGAGUGAUAACCGAGCAAGCUUCAACAUCUGCGUUUGAGGAACGACCUCUUCAGCCGACAAUUGUUGGUCAAAAGAAAAUGCUUGAUAAGGCAUGGAAACAUCUCAUGGAAGAUGGAACUGGUAUUAUGGGUAUGUACGGUAUGGGCGGUGUAGGGAAGACAACACUUCUCACUCAGCUCUUCAAUAUGUUCAAUAAGGAUAAGUGUGGAUUUGAUAUUGGCAUUUGGGUUGUCGUGUCUCAAGAGGUUAAUGUGGAGAAGAUUCAAGAUGAAAUCGCUCAAAAGCUUGGUCUUGGUGGACAUGAGUGGACACAGAGAGAUAUAAGUCAAAAGGGCGUUCAUUUAUUCAAUUUCUUGAAGAACAAGAAAUUUGUGUUGUUUUUAGAUGACUUAUGGGAUAAGGUGGAGUUAGCUAAUAUCGGUGUUCCGGAUCCAAGAACACAAAAAGGAUGUAAAUUGGCAUUCACCAGUCGGUCCCUAAAUGUAUGCACAAGCAUGGGGGAUGAAGAACCAAUGGAAGUUCAAUGCUUGGAAGAGAAUGUGGCAUUUGAUUUGUUCCAAAAGAAGGUUGGACAAAAAACACUUGGAAGCGAUCCGGGGAUCCCCCAACUUGCAAGAAUAGUUGCGAAAAAAUGUUGUGGCCUACCAUUGGCCCUCAACGUCAUAGGCGAGACCAUGUCAUGCAAAAGGACGAUACAAGAAUGGCGUAACGCUAUACAUGUUUUGAAUUCAUACGCUGCAGAGUUUAUAGGCAUGGAGGAUAAGAUUCUUCCGCUUUUGAAGUAUAGCUACGAUAACCUUAAGGGGGAGCAUGUCAAAUCGAGUUUGUUGUAUUGUGCUUUAUAUCCAGAAGAUGCUAAAAUUCGGAAAGAAGAUUUGAUAGAGCAUUGGAUAUGCGAGGAAAUUAUAGAUGGAAGUGAAGGUAUAGAAAAGGCUGAGGACAAGGGUUAUGACAUCAUUGGUAGUCUUGUUCGUGCAUCACUGUUGAUGGAGUGUGUUGAUUUGAAAGGAAAAUCUAGUGUGAUUAUGCAUGAUGUUGUUCGUGAAAUGGCAUUAUGGAUCGCUUCCGAACUGGGAAUACAAAAAGAAGCCUUUAUUGUGCGUGCAGGUGUUGGCGUACGUGAAAUUCCAAAGGUUAAGAAUUGGAAUGUUGUGAGAAGGAUGUCAUUGAUGGGGAACAAGAUUCAUCAUCUCGUUGGUAGUUAUGAAUGUAUGGAACUCACAACUUUGCUCCUGGGAGAGGGAGAAUAUGGAAGUAUUUGGAGAUGGAGUGAAAUAAAAACGAUCUCGAGUGAAUUCUUCAAUUGCAUGCCAAAGCUAGCUGUUUUGGAUCUAUCGCAUAAUCAAAGUCUCUUUGAAUUGCCGGAAGAAAUAUCAAAUCUAGUUUCUUUGAAAUAUCUCAACUUGUCACAUACUGGGAUACGUCAUUUGUCUAAGGGUAUACAAGAGUUGAAGAAAAUAAUUCACUUGAAUUUGGAGCAUACAAGUAAGCUUGAGAGUAUUGAUGGGAUAUCAAGUCUGCAUAACUUGAAAGUUCUGAAAUUAUAUGGUUCUAGAUUACCAUGGGAUCUCAACACAGUGAAGGAGCUGGAAACUUUGGAACAUUUAGAAAUUUUAACCACAACUAUCGAUCCAAGAGCGAAGCAGUUUUUGAGCUCCCAUAGGUUGAUGAGUCGUUCACGAUUGCUACAGAUCUUUGGAUCUAAUAUAUUCUCACCGGAUAGACAACUAGAAUCACUUUCAGUAUCUACGGACAAGCUUCGUGAAUUUGAAAUUAUGUGCUGCAGUAUCUCUGAGAUAAAGAUGGGAGGGAUAUGCAACUUCUUGAGCCUCGUAGAUGUGACUAUAUACAAUUGUGAAGGCUUGAGGGAAUUGACGUUUCUGAUCUUUGCUCCAAAGCUUAGAUCUCUUUCUGUUGUGGAUGCAAAAGACCUAGAAGAUAUAAUAAACGAAGAGAAAGCUUGUGAAGGUGAAGAUUCAGGGAUUGUUCCUUUUCCAGAGCUGAAGUAUCUUAAUUUAGAUGAUCUACCGAAGCUGAAGAAUAUCUAUCGGAGACCUCUACCCUUUCUAUGUCUAGAAAAAAUCACUAUAGGGGAAUGUCCAAAUCUGAGAAAGCUUCCACUCGAUUCCAGAAGUGGCAAGCAAGGCGAAAAUGGAUGCAUCAUACAUUACAAAGAUUCACGUUGGUUGAAAGGUGUGAAAUGGGCAGACGAAGCUACGAAAAAACGCUUCUUACCUUCAUGCGAACACCGAUUAGAAAGGUGUGAAACAAUCUUUGAAGACUAGUUAGUGAUGAAUGUCUGCAAAUUGAUUGGGAUGUGGAUCAACAAUUCUGAGUCUUGUGAUUUCUAAUGACGAUCUUGCAAAAACUAGUUGAUACUAAUAAUUCGAUAGCUAUUGGCAUGAGAAAGAAAAUAAAGUUGUAGGAGUACUCAAUCCCCGAAAAGGCAAGUUUGGAUCUUAAAGUAUUGAGACAGUGAGGUUCUGAUGUUUCAUUGGACCUCAACACAGUGGAGGAGUUGCUAGUUUUGGAAAGAUUAGAAUUUUUAACCAUAAGAAUUGGUUAUGAUUCAGGUUUGGUUCAAUUUGUAAUUUCUCAUCUUAAACUUAUGAGCUGUACACAAGUUCUCUGUUGCGCAAUCCAAUAAUUUCUUGAGUCUUUCUGAUGUGUAUGUACAAGGUUGUAAUAAAUGCCUAGGGGAGUUGACAUGGCUGAUCUUUGCUCACGUCUUACAUAUAUUGACGUUGAAUGUUCCGAAUCAGGGAUUUUUCUUACGCUUACAAAUACCUGCUAAUGAAGUGUUUACAGUUUCAUUACUCAGUUUUGUUUGUUUAAUAGGUCUCAUUCGAGUCAGAUUGGGUAAAAUGUUUGUUACAAACAGUAUAUGCUUCGGCAUUUUUUCUUUUAAACAGAUAU